UGGAAUAAAUGUCAAAUUCUCGACAAAAUUGAUAGAUUUUACUUAUUAAUUUUUAAACAAGUUUUUGUUUAAAAAUAUAUAAAUCAAAACAAAAAAAACAAAUAUGUAUUUUCUCUCAGCAGAGAUACUUAAUUAAGCAUAUGUUUGAUCAAUUUAUCUCAAAAACCGUUUCCGUAGUUACUUGGGAGCUUUUGAAUUAGAGGCAGAAAAUCAGAUAAACUGGAUUAAAUUUCUGUUCUGUCCAAAGAAAUUGUAGUAUGCAUUCUAUAGUGACUUUAGAAAAACCAACGCCCAGAGUACCUUUGCCAGACUGGCAUGGGAAAGUAUGGGAACUUCGACAGACGUGUGAUACGAGACGGAAUGAUGCUUUCAAUCUUAGAAAUGAAGCGAGGCAGCUUAGAAAUGAGACGGAUGCGACAACGUACUGGUCGACUUACCACAAUGACAGCAGGCUUGCCGAGAGAAUUUUGGAAAUUACAAAAUGGCGUAACACCAUGGAGGACCUGAUCGCUUCGAUUAACAGAGAGCUAUUGAGUUUAAAAAAUGAGAAAGCACUUACUGAAAAGGAAAUCGAGUUUUUAGGAUUGGGUUUUACUGUUGUAAACGAAUGCUUGACUCAAAGAGAUCAAAGAGGAGGAGCUGAUUUGUGCACAGAUGAAGCUGAACUGGAGAUUAAAAAAGAACUGAGGCUCCUGGAAGCCCAAAAAUUGAUGAUGUCACAAAAAUGUAUGGAUUGUUGGGAACAAGUCAAUCGGAUGGAGGAAGUCAAAAGUAAAAUCAUCACAGAUAUAUUAGAAAAAGAAGACACUCUGACUAUAGAUCAUAGCGCACUUGGGAUUGAUAAAAGCGGUGCAAAUAUUUCAUACAAGAGUGACCCAACAAGGAUCCCAGAUGACAUGGUUUCGUACAAAUGCUGGCUGGAGCAUUGUUUCUACUUGAAAAUGUUAGCCGAUAAUGAGCUCAUUUCGUCUCAGAAUCUGAGAGAGAGUAUGUACGUCCCAAGGGAAAGAUCGAGGAAUGAUUUGAAAGCUCAAAACGAUUCGACAAAUUUUUCAAUUAGAAAGAGGAUAUUUGAGACUCAACGCAUUAAAAAUGAACUCGACUGGCAAAGAUUAAAUAUGGUAAAGGAUAUGGAGAAGUUACAUAAAGAGGUUGUAUUGCUGGAAGAUGCAUUGGCAAAUAAGGCUAAUGCAUUGAAGUUGGCUGAGACUAGACUUGAGAGAAGGCUGUUCAGGCCAAGCCAAGAGUGUUGCCGAGAUGAUGCAGCCAUAGGACUUGAAAAUGAAGUCCACACAUUAAAAGAAACCAAUGCUGCACUUGAAGCCAUGCUAAACCAGGCAAAGGCUACAUUCAAUGCAUUGGAAGACCAGUUGGUCAUCAUCGACCGAGAGCUACACAACAAGAAUCAUGCCUUACAGACCGAUCUGAGGUGUCUUGAUCUCAGAAAUCGCCUGGUGACAGGAGACAGGGCUCCGCCCAAUACCCAGACAGAUAGAAAUAUAAUUCUGACGCGAAUGCAGGAUGAAAUACCAUUGGAAACCAACUAAAUAAAUGUUUUGACUACUAUCAUUAUAACUAUAAUAGAUAAAUUCAUUGGCUGAA